AUGCUAUUGAAAUUAUCUUCCAGCCUCUACUAUCCGAUCACCGUCACCGAGCUCCUGCACCGACCGGGCGCCAAUGUCAGGCAGGGCGAUGCGCUGUUCGCGUAUUAUUACCGCACGACGGUGACGGAGGGGGAUGGGCUGGGGAACAAGCGUGAUGUUGAGAGGAAGUUUCCGACCAAGUUUGAGAGUGCGGUGGACGGGACGCUGUUGGCGUGGAAGAUUAGGGAGGGACAGGUGAUUGAGAAGCCGAUUGACGUUGCGGAGAUUGACGAGCCUUGUUCUCAUGAUGUUCAGUUUGGUGGGAUGUGCGCGAAUUGCGGGAAGGAUAUGACAGUGUAUGGUUUAUCCGUUUAUGCUUAUUUGGGACAGACUUGGUUUGCUGACUGGGUUUCGCUUGGGGGUUUGAACAGCUUCAACUACAACACGGAAGUACUCGACUCAUCACGAGCGCCAAUUCGCAUGGUGCAUGACAACGCGUCGCUUACUGUGAGCAAAGAUGAAGCGACUCGUGUUGAGGAGGAUGCAAAGCGCCGACUUCUUGCAUCAAGGAAACUCUCACUUGUUGUUGAUUUGGACCAGACCAUCAUCCACGCGACUGUCGAUCCAACAGUAGCGGAGUGGAGAGAAGACAAGACUAACCCAAAUCACGAAGCGGUCAAAAAUGUACGAUCGUUUCAAUUGAUCGACGACGGCCCCGGGAUGAGAGGAUGUUGGUACUACAUCAAGUUGCGGCCGGGGUUAGAAGAAUUCUUGAAGAACAUCUCAAGCCUAUAUGAGCUUCAUAUUUACACAAUGGCAACGCGUGCUUACGCUCAGAACAUCGCGAACAUCGUCGAUCCCGAUAGGAAGAUAUUCGGAGACAGGAUUUUGAGCCGCGAUGAAAGCGGAAGUCUUACGGCGAAGAAUCUACACCGGUUGUUCCCCGUGGAUACUAAAAUGGUUGUCAUCAUCGAUGACCGUGGAGAUGUCUGGAAAUGGAGUGACAAUCUCAUCAGAGUUUUCCCGUACGACUUUUUCGUUGGCAUUGGUGAUAUCAACUCCAGCUUCCUACCAAAGAAGCAGGAACUCAACCCAAUGUCGAAAGCCCACCCAAAAAUCAAAAAGCAACCGGAUACUACUCCUGGGGCGCAAUCCAAACCGGGAGUAAAUGGUUCUAGUGGGAUGGACGUUGAUGAAAAGCCGGGAGAAGAGGUCUCAGCCCUAGAGCAACUUGUGACGAUGGGGGGCGGAGAUAACCCUGUUUUACUGCAAGAACAAGCAAGCCAACAAGACGAGGUAAUCGCGCAUCAGGUUGAAGAACGCCCUCUACUACAAAAGCAGAAACAGCUCGACGCCGAAGAUGAAGCUGCUGAGCUGCAGGCCACAGAGAAUGGCGAUUCAGCUAGUGAUGAUUCGCACGACUCUACCAAACAUCGCCACCAUCUGCUUGAAGAUAAUGACUCUGAACUUUACCAAUUAGAAGAGAGGCUUCGGCAGGUACAUACCCGCUUUUUCGAAGAGUAUGACCGAAAGCGGUCUCUGGCACUCGGAGGCCGAGUGUCUGCGCUAAGGGGUGAACGCGUGCCCACCAAGGACAAGGACGUUGAUCUCCGCAUUGUCCCUGAUAUUAAGAUCAUCAUGCCCCAGAUCAAACGGAGAAUCCUUGAAGCUGUAGUCAUGGUGUUCUCCGGUGUUUUACCCCUUGGCACCGACUUACAAAACGCGGACAUAUCUCUUUGGGCAAAGAGUUUUGGCGCAAUCAUCACGAACAGGAUUGACUCUAGAACGACACACCUUGUUGCAGGGAGAAAUCGCACAGCCAAGGUUCGGGAAGCAACAAGGUACUCUAAAAUCAAGAUCGUCACGGUGCAGUGGCUCUUGGACUCCCUAACCCAAUGGAAGCGGCUUGACGAAGAGCAGUACCUUGUGCCUGUACAUCCUGAUGACCGCGGUGAACCAAUAAAUCUAUCAGGGAAGGACUCUCAAGAUUUGGAUGCUGGAUAUCUAUCAUCUUCUGAAGAUGAGACAACCUCAGGAGAUGACAAUGAAAGCGACAUCUCGAAAAGCAAAAGUCGAAUUGACGAACUGGAUAACGCCGACGAAGCAAUACUGAUGUCAACCGGACUGGAUGAACACUCUCGGAUCGGAUAUGAUGCCGAAGAGCAGGCCGAAGUACAUGACGAGCUCAAAGCUUUCUUGGGCAGCGACAACGAGGAUAGUGAAAGUGAUAGCGAUGCGUCCAUGUUCCAAGGUUCUUUCGUCCUGCCUGCUCAUGGGAAACGAAAACGAGAUGUCGAGAGUGAUGAGAACACGGAGGAAUAUCCGGGGGUUGACGAACGUGCACCGGGCGAGCCUGCCGGAUCGCGCUUAUCUCAAAAGAUCAAACGGUCGCACGAACGAAGCACGGGUCUCAAAGAAGUUUCCAAUGCCGCGUCGAUUGAACCGACAGAACCCCCUUCGGUUGAUACUACCAAUGAGCAACUGGGGGGUGAAGCACGGGACACGGUUACCAGUGAAGCCCAGGGACAAGUAGCCGAGGGCGGCGCGAAGCCCGACGCAGAUAUGGAUGUUAGAGGGGACAGCGACAUGAUUGACCCGGUUGUGAAUGACGAGGAAGACGACGAGGAUGAAUUCGAGCGUGAAAUGCUUGCGGCGUUCGAGAACGAUAACUGGGAUGAAGCGAAAGCCAACGAGGACGCGGGCGACAAUGGGUGA